GGAGGUUCCACUAGUAUCCCAGAAUGCAUUGCGUUUGAUACUAUAUUAUCACUUUUUCGUGACGUAAUCACUUUGGUUUGACCGGCUUAGAGUGCACGACAUGAUGGCGGUGUUCAGACUCGGCAAAUGCUUUUCAAGAUAUUUCAUUAUUGUAUGAUCAUUGUGUUUCAAAAGAUGAUUUUUCUGUUCGUUUACCCGGCCUUGAAGGAGUACAAGUCGUUUUUAUACUCGUUCACGUCAGUUUUUUGGAGAAAUUGAGAAAGAGACGUGUCGCUCUCGUUCCAACAACAACGAGUGACAACUCUUCGAUGGAUUACUUGUUCAAUAUAGUCCCGUAGCCCAGCUCUUAUUCGCCUAGUACUUCAACUUCUAGUAUAGGAAUGAAGCUGGUUCAAGUGCUUUUUGUCCUGUUUCUUUUGACGCAGGGCACUGCGACAUUCAGAAGCGAUGCAAUAGCUCCUAGCAGAAAUUCUACUUUAUUAUCUACUGUUCUUGCUGGUGAGCUAGUAGGCAACAUCACUCUGAAGCCUUCUCAAGGACCAUUUGUGAUAGAUAAAGACUUAUUAGUCCCUGAAGGCUCUCAAUUGACUUUAAAACCGGGAGUGCAGUUGCUCUUUCGUCCUGAGACCGGAAUACAAAUCAAUGGCUCCUUGGUUGCAGAAGGGAGCCCGGAAAACAAGAUUUCGUUUUCAUCAUUUCCUUACCCUAAUGCAAGCUCAUACGCUAGCUACUACUAUGGCAAUGGAAUACGCCUUGUUGAUGGAAAUAAUUACACUGAAGGACGGCUGGAAAUAUUGAUGAACAAUAGAUGGGGGGUUAUCUGUGCAGAUCACUGGACUGAAAAGAAUACUGAUGUUGCAUGCAGACAUUUGGGUUUCUUAGGAGGGAAGAGACAUUUCGAACGUCCUUUUGAUCGAACAAAGCUCUAUCUCAUUGAUUAUUUCGGAUGCAAAGGUGAUGAAAACAACCUAUGGAACUGCGACUACAGAAGUACAUGGGUAAACUGCCCCCAAUAUCCCAUUGGUAUUGAAUGCGUGGGCUUGCAAAGCUUUCUCAAGGAAAAAGUAAAAUGGCGGGGGAUGACCUUCAUGAUGCAGAGUCACGGAGUACUAUCAAUACUGAAGCAUGUUACCAUUGAAGACGCAGUUUUUGCUUUGAAUGUCACACACCAAGCCCCGGAAAUAAGCAGCGUCACUAUCACGAACUCCUUCCACGGUAUCCAAGUAAGCCACUUGAUCGAGCAAAGCAACAUUGAACUCACUGACAUUUUGGUUCAUGAUAAUUACCUUACUGGCAUGAAGAUUAUGAGCUUAAAGUCAGAAGUCAGAAUUCGUAAUUCGUCCUUCACGACGACAUCUUUUGGAGAUGGGUUUUCCUUUGAAGAUGAGACAGUGCCUAUUGAUUUCUGUACUUGGGUCCAAAACUCGACACUGGUGUACCCCUUAGUGUUUAGUGCGUCGUCUGAUGGCAACGAUGGCUAUUGCUCUAAGGAGAUCUAUCUAAACGACAGUUCCAAUCUCUCCAUACACUACCGUAGCAUAAAGGGCACAUCAUUUACAUUUCAAGUUUCUGAAAAAGAUGCUCAGGGGAACUGGACACUAAUAUCAACAGCAAACGAAAACGACAAURGAAAACUCCACAGUCCYUCAACGACAACCCAUGGCAAUGCGUUGAAGAUAGAGUUUAGAAGCAAACAAGGAACCAGCAAGGUUGAAUUUGUCAUCAUUGACGAGAAAGGUAACUGUUCAAGUAUUCGGGAGGAAAUCUGAAUGUUCAUAUUUCGCACCAAUUUUGAAUUGCAUUCUAUUGCAUUAAAGCAUUUUAUAUUUAUAAAACCGACUGAGAAUUGAAGUUAAAACCAUACGAUGGUGAUGAACGCGUACCGUUAAAGUGCCAGGCAUUAGCAUAUGACAUGGAAAAACCUUUACGACUUCAAGAAGGCGCACUCAA